AUGUCCUCCCGAACUCCCGAUGACGGUCUGUCUCGUCCAGAAAGAAAGAACUUCGAGAAGGCCACCACGGGUAACGGCAAGAUACCAAACCACAAGAAUGACGGACCUCUGCAGCGGGACGACAGCAGCGAUGGCAACACCGUGGGCGAGGUCAAGGACCACUACGGUGGUGGCAACAAGUUGGGCAUGAUCCGGACAACACUCAUCUUCUUCACCAACCAAGUCGGCAUCGGCAUCCUCAGCCUGCCGUCGGUGUUGCACACCAUCGGCCUGAUCCCCGGCAUCAUCUCCAUCAUCGCCUUCGGCGUGCUUGCCACCUACACGGCCUACAUCCUCAUCCAGUUCUGGCGCAAGUACCCGCAGAUCCGCGAUGUGGUCGACGUAGGGCGCAUCAUGGGCGGCCUGCCGCUCGAAAUUAUCGUCGGCGUGGCGCACGUGCUCAAUCUAGCCCUCAUCUGCGCCUCGGCCAACGUGACGCUGUCCAUCGGCCUCAACACCAUGACAGACCACGCGCUGUGCACCGUCGCCUUUGUUGGUAUCCCCAUGGUCAUGUGCUGGCUGCUCUGCAUGCCCCGCUCCCUCUCCUUCGCCGGGUGGUUCGGUAUCCCCGCCACCAUCUCCAUCUUCGUUUCCGUGCUCAUUGUCAUUGUCGCCUUGGGCGUCAACGGACCCAGCACGUCGACCUCGGGCUACUUCUCGGAGCCGGCCGGCCAGCUGGUAGCCAUGACACUGGGGCCCAACCCCAAUGCGACCAUGAACCAGAAGUUCGAGUCGGUGCUCAAUGUCGCCUUUGCCUACGCAGGCAACCAGGCCUUCAUUACCGUUAUUGCCGAGAUGCGCGACCCGUCGCGCGACUACCCCCGCGCCAUCAUCUGGCUCAACGUCAUCGCCAUCCCCAUGUACGUCGUUGUCGCCUGCGUCGUCUACCACCUGGCCGGCCAGUACGUCGUCUCGCCCGCCUUGGGAUCCGCACCCGGUGUACCCAGCAAGGUGGCCUACGGCAUCCUCUUUGGCACGAUGCUGGGUAGCGGCCUCGUCUUUGGGCACACGGCCAUCAAGUACAUGUACAACGUCUUCAUGGACCGCAUCCUGCGCUCCCAUCAUCGGCUCAUGGACAACAGCCUGACCUCGUGGAGCGCGUGGCUCGGCAUCGGCACCCUGUUCUGGGUCGUCAGCUUCGUACUCGCCAACGCCAUCCCCGCGUUCAACUCCAUCCUGGCCAUCUCGUCCGCUCUAUUCGUCACGUGGUUCACGUUUGGCAUGGCGGCUGCGCAGUGGAUCUUUAUCAACUGGGGUCAACAGACAAAGACUUGGAAGAAAAUGCUGCUGUCGGCAUUCAAUUGGUUCUUGGUACUCGCUUCCGCAUUUCUGACAGUUUUUGGUCUAUACACCUCCAUCUCGGACCUGGAUCGGCGUGUCCGCGAUCCUGACGAUUCUCUUGAUGUGUUCACGUGUGCUGAUAACUCGCUGUUCUGAGUUUACGUAUGCGGAAGAAAUCAUGCAUGAGAACCAAAGCCGGGCUUUUGGGGCAUGGGCUCUCAGUGGAAUUUUCGAGUGAUGUACAAAUAGGUUUAGGCUAAUUUAUGUCAGCUGCAAAU